AUGAAGAAAUUGACCCGGCUGCGGGAUGUCCAGAAGUUCACCGGGUGCCUAGCCUCUCUCAGCCGGUUCGUCAGCCGGCUGAGCGAUAAGGCCCUCCCACUAUACCAGCUGAUAAAGAAGACCACAUGCUUCGAGUGGACCGACCAGGCGGACGAGGCAUUCCUCCAGCUCAAGCGGAUGCUGUCCAGGCCGCUUGUUCUGGCCAAUCCGGCCGCUAAAGAGCCCAUGCUCCUCUACAUCGCCGCCACCAACCGGGUCGUCAGCACGGUGAUUGUUGUUGAGCGCCUAGAAGCUGGCAGGGCACAGCCGGUCCAGAGGCCGGUCUAUUACCUGAGCAAGUCCUCUGGCGACUGGGACACCAAGGACGCCAACAUGGCCAGCUACCGCUUCCUCGCCCGGCAGAUCAGCGGACACUUUGAUGGGUGCGAGUUCAUCCAUGUGCCAUGGGCCGACAAUGAAGCAGCCGACGCCCUGGCACGGAUUGGCUCUACCCGGCAGGCCAUUCCAGCCGGCAUCUCCCUCGAGUGCUUACGCAAGCCGUCUAUCCAACCUUCGCCAGAAUCAGAAUCCAUCUUCGUGUCGGCUGACCCUGGAGCAGCCGGAUCCGGCUCGAGGACUUCAGCAGCCGGCCUGGGGACUUCUUGGAUUGAGGCGAGGCCAAUCAAGAAGCUGAAUGGCCCCGCAGCUGUCUCAUUCAUCGCGGACAUCACCGUUCGAUACGGCAUCCCGCACAGCAUCAUCACCGACAAUGGCACAAACUUCACCAAAGGUGCCUUGGCCCAUUUCUGCAUGACGCAGGGCAUUCGACUGGACCUCGCGUCGGUUUCUCACCCGCAGUCAAAUGUCCAGGUGGAGCGAGCAAACAACCUCAUCCUAUCCGGCAUCAAGCCACGGCUGGUCGAGCCACUAGAGCGCUCGGCUGGCUGCUGGAUCGAGGAGCUACCGGCCGUCCUUCGGAGUCUCUGGACUAUGCCAAACAGGUCAACCGGCUUCACACCUUUCUUCCUCAUGUACGGGGCCGAGGCCAUCAUCCCAACAGAUAUCAAGUUCGACUCGCCUCGCGUCACCCUGGACACAGAGGCAGAAGCAAAGGAGGCACAUGAAGACGGCGUCGAUCUGCUCGAAGAGGCCCGGCUGCUAGCACUCAGCCAAUCCGCCAUCAAUCAGCAGAGCCUGCGCCGCUACCACAACAAGAAGAUCAAGCCGCGUGCCUUCCGCGAGGUCGACCUUAUACUCCGACUGAUCUAG